AUGAUUGAAUCCGCAGCUGUUGAGUGGGCUUCUUCUGGCGUUUUGGUCGUUGGGGUAUGAUUUUUCAAAACAUUUCAUAUCAAUGUGAAUCUUCAUAAACUUUACGAUUUUUGAAUCACUCUGAAGAUUUGAAACACGAAAUGCGAUAUAACCAAGUUUUGAGCUGAAAAUUUGUUUUUAACGCUCAACUUGUCACAAAAAUUUAGGGUUCAGGGUGUUUUCAAGAUCUACCGAUUAGCUGAAUCGUGUGGUAGAUAAACACGCUUCUAGAAUUCCAACAUUUUUCAUUUCUUCAAUUUUAACUAGCUUUCAAAUAAAAGAGGUGGUUUGAGUAUGUUUCAACCUACUAUGGUGCGAAAUUUCUUCAAGUCUUAUUAGCUUUCAGGAAAAAUGAAGUGAUGUUUAUCUUUUUCUAGGUACGGGACUGUGUAUGAAUUGCAGGUGGUUUCAAUACUUUUGACCAUUUUCCACUUGAUUCACACGACUUUGAACCCUCCGCAGUGUUGCAGAUACCAAGGUUUUUGCCCUUUUGUUUUCGUUUUGUCUUUUUUUUUUCGAUCUCAUAGGAGGUCUCCUAUCGUUUGAUGAUAUUGAAAAUAUUUACAAACUUGAAUUAGAAGAGAGGAUAUGUUUCUGAAGGAAAGUUUUUAUAUUUCAAUCCUUCAUGCUUCCUCGCGUUUUAGAAAUUGAAACAGCUCUAGUUUCAAAACGAUGAACUUUGGAAUGAAGGUUUAUUGCUCACUUUUUAUAAUCCGAUCUGAUUUCUAGUUACCGUUGGUUCGCCGCGUCCUUAUCAAAAUCCUUUGAAAUACGUCCGGCUCUCGAAUCUCCAGCCUGAAGUCGACCAUAUUCACAAAGAAGCUUUCCCUGUUUUUGAUGUCUGA